AUGGAGCGGCUCUUUUGGGCGCUGCUGCUGCUGAUGCUGCGGACGGGAGGAGUUUGCAAGGUCUCUUGCCCGGACGGCACCUUCAGCCCGGGGCAGGGCGAACCCUGCCGCCAAUGCAGUGUCUGCGACAGAACUUUGGUGUACAAGCAGAAAUGUACCAAAACGACAGACGCCGUUUGUGAAUGUGCUCGGGGUUAUUCGUGCGGGAAAAAUUGCGAGGCUUGCGAGUGUGCCCUUGGACAGCAACGCACGAUUACAGGUUGUCAGAACUGUCCGGACAAGACUUUCAAUGAUCGACCUACAGGUGAAUGCAGGCCAUGGAGAAAGUGUCCAGGUGAUAAGAUUCGGGAACCUGGGACCAAGGAGAGAGACGUCGUUUGCUGGAGUGAGUCAGAAAUGCCCACCACUCAGCCCUCCACAUCCCUGGCUGUCUCCUCUACUAAGGUUUCAGAGGUGGGAAACCACCUGAUCCUCUUCGCCUCUGCUUUCGUCAUCACCGUCUUUCUGUUUGCUGCAUGUAUGGUGUUGGCCUACCUCUUCUUCCGAUCCUGGAUCCAAAAGAAGACCCUGAAACCUUUCCAUGGGCAGUUAGCCCAGGAGGUAGAUGACUGCACCUACAGAUUCCCCGAAGAAGAAGAAGGAGGAAGCUGUGAAGCACCUUCCAGUCUCAAAGGGGGCCUUUUGGAAAAAUAUUGUUCAUAAGAUGUAUCCACUCCGGGUCAAAGAGCCAAGCAGGCUUCCGUGACCCCAAAAAAGACCCCUCCCCCUCAAGCUUUUGAGCCACUCUGCCUUUGAAAGAACCCUGGCCACCUGCAGAAGACGCAACUCAGCCAACUCUCCAUGGCUAACUCAUCAUGGUCAACUCAGCCAACUCCCCAUGACCAACUCCUCAUGGUCAACUCCCGAUGGUCAACUCAUCAGGUUGAACUCACUAUGGUCAACUCACCAUAGUCAACUCAACAUAGUCAACUGAAGAAUUGUGAUUAUCCUCUUUAAACGGAUUUAUCUCUCCACGGAACUAGACUAUCGCCCCGAUGGCCCUUGAUUUGAACUUUUUUUAAAAAAACCCAACACAACACAACGGGACACAUUGGAAUGAUUUUUGACAGAGGAGUGGGGGGUGUUGUUUGGAUGGCCGGAAGGUGACGGGAAAAAUACCCCAUGGCGCAAAAAUAAAAGCACGGCGUUAAAGCAAAGUCCACUCUGUUGCAAAUAAUAUUAAGUUGAACGGCAAGGAGCCACCAGAAGGAAGUUCUCGAGAACCUGGUGUCCUUUCCACAGGCUGGCAUCUUCCCAUUUCCCAAGGGCUUUUUGUCCAGAAACAACCUCCAGAAGGUUCUUCCACCCCACCCCGCCCUUAAAAAACACAUUUGUCGGGGGCUUUUUUUGUGGGUUUUAACCUCUUUUCGAUAGCCUAUCAGACAUCUUUAAGGGCUGCACUCGGUUUACCGUAAUGGGUGAUCGCUUUCUCACAUACGAACGAACAUCUUCCCAGCUGAGGUUUUUCGUUCUUUCUUUCUUUCUUUCUAUCUUUUUUUUGAUUUAGAUUAAAAAUGACUCAUCGGCCGGCCGUUCCUUGACGCGAAUGAACCUCGCUGGUGACGCCGAAUGGAAAUAUCUGAGACCAGGUGGGUCGGUGGAACUUUCAUCUCCCCCCCCCCCAUCGAACAUUGAUUUCCCCUUUGCCGACCGUGUUUUGGUCUGGCGUGCUUUGCGCGCACCAGCAGGGAAAGAUGUCAAGAUGGUAUUGUAGAACGAUAUUUCUCUAUUUAACGCACCCGCCGACCAGCUGUUGCUUUUGAACUUCUGGAGUUCUUUUGAAGUUCUGAAGGUUUCUGGAGGUAAAAAGGGCCGCAGUGUGGCUCAGGCUGUAAGAAGCCUGUUAUUAAAACACACCAAAUUACUGCAGGUUCUAGUCCCACCAGGUCCAAGGUUGACUCAGCCUUCCAUCCUUUAUAAGGUAGGUAAAAUGAGGACCCAGAUUGUUGGGGGGGCAAUAAGUUGACUUUGUAAAAUAUACAAAUAGAAUGAGACUAUUGCCUUACACACUGUAAGCCGCCCUGAGUCUCCAGAGAAGGGUGGGAUAUAAAUGUAAAUUAAAAA